CACUCCGGCAGCAUCAGUACCAGCUCCGCCGUGCAUAUAAAGCUAAAUACCCGGAGGACGGAGCAGAAAUUCGGGCUGUGUUUGCGGCUACAACGGCCCCGGAGCUUCGGAGAUGGGGGACCAGAAGGUGAGCCGGAUCCGGAGGAACAGGUGUCUCUGAUGGGGGAAGCCGAUUGAGGCAGGGCGUAGUGUACAAAGGAAGGAGGGGGACAAGCUGCAGGAUUUGGGAGUUUGUGGAUGCGGAAUCUCUGUGUAAGAUCACCCACACGCUGGCCAUGAAGAACGAGGAGAUUUCAAACUUCGUCUGCACUCUCAAACAGAACCUCGAGAACUUGGAGGGGAACACGAACAGGGUCCAGGAGGAUCUGGAGUCUGAGUUCACCGCCCUGAAUGCUGUUCUGGUCGAGAUGAAGGAAAACAUGGUGACUCGCAUCAAACAGGAGAGAGCCAGCCGCACAUACGAGCUACAGAGUCAGCUGAGCGCCUGCUCCAAAGCCCUGGAGAGUUCAGAGGAGCUGCUGGAGCUGGCCAAUCAGACGCUCUGCUCCUCCGAGACGGACGGUUUCAAUCAGGCGGCCAAAGACAUUAAGGAUAGCGUCACAAUGGCUCCAGCCUUUCGCCUCUCCCUGAAGGCUAAAGCCAGCGACAACAUGAGUCACUUGAUGGUGGAUUUCAGCCAGGAGAGGGAGGUGUUGCAGGGACUCAAGUUUCUCCCAGUUCCUGGCACUCCAGAGAUCCAGGUGUCAGAGUGCCAGGUGUGUGACAACACGGUGACGGUAGUUUGGACUCUACCGGAGCCCGACAGCAAGAUCGAACACUACAUCCUGGAGCACCGGCGCACAAACCACGAGGGGCCACCACGCAUCAGAGAGGAUUACCCCUGGAUGGUGGUGGAGGGGAUCCGGGAGAUGGAGCACACACUCAUCGGUCUGCGCUUUGAAACCCGCUACUUGACGUUCAGAGUGAGAGCGUGUAACAAGGCCGUGGCGGGAGAGUUUUCUGAGCUGGUCACACUGGAAACCCACGCCUUCAACUUCAAACUGGACUCUGGUUCGGCCCACCAGAACCUGAAGGUGGAGGACCUGAGUGUGGAGUGGGACAGCUGUGGAGGAAAGAUCCAGGACAUCCGCAAGGAAAAGACCCGAACCAACUCCCCGAUGCACUCUCCUGCCAGGUCGGCUCUGAAUUCUCCUAAGAGGACGCCGACAGCCCGGCCCGGCAGAGACAGAUUCACAGCAGAGUCCUACACAGUGCUGGCUGACACCUCCAUCGACGCCGGCCAGCACUACUGGGAGGUGCGGUUUGACAAGGAGAGCAAAGCCUUCGCUGUGGGCGUGGCCCUGCGGAGCCUCGGACGCUUCGACCAGCUGGGGAAGAGCAGCGCGUCCUGGUGCAUCCACCUGAACAACUGGCUGCAGCAGAGCCUCACCGCCAAGCACAACAACAAGGCCCGCACGCUGGACUGCGUCAUCCCCAACCGCAUCGGAGUCUACGUCAACUACGACGAAGGUGUUCUGUCGUUCUACAACUCCAAAACUAAACAGCUGAUGCACACCUUCAAAACCAAGUUCCCGCAGCCUGUUAUACCAGCUUUCAUGGUGUGGAACGGCACGUUCUCGGUGCUGACGGGCAUGCAGGUUCCCAGCCUGGUGCAGAGCGGCCAGCGGAGGAACAGCAACACCAGCAGCUCCAACGCCAGCCUCACCUAGA